CCCGAUUUCUGCACCCCAUCCACCCGCCCUCACACCUGGAAGAGGAGCGCCCCCACAGCAGAGCACUUGCCGCCCAGCCACGCCCGCUCGCCAGCCACCAUGCUAGGUAGCAAGCGACUGGGGCUGUCCGGACUGACCCUCGCUCUGUCCCUGCUCGUGUGCUUGGGUGCGCUGGCCGAGGCAUACCCCUCCAAGCCCGACAACCCGGGAGAGGACGCUCCAGCGGAGGACAUGGCCAGAUACUACUCGGCGCUGCGACACUACAUCAACCUCAUCACUAGGCAGAGAUAUGGAAAACGGUCUAGCCCUGAGACACUGAUUUCAGACCUCUUAAUGAGAGAAAGCACAGAAAAUGUCCCCAGAACUAGGCUUGAAGACCCUUCUAUGUGGUGAUGGGAAAGAACACUUGCUCUCCAAGCUUUUCCUAUUUUCAACCCAUAUUUCAUCCUGUAAAACCAGAGUCUGCCCGUCCUACCAGUGCAUGCAGCCCUUGUGCUGGAUUCUGCCAUGUUUACUUUGUCACCAUUGUAUAUAUGUGCAUUUAAA